AUGACUUUCGGAGAUUUUCCCGAAUGGGGAGGUCGACGUUUGACGACGCGAUAUGUCUUGGCUGUCAAGUGGUGCAAUCACCACUUCAACUACUGCACCUGGAUCCAACCUCAUGCGAUGAGCUGGGGUCGGAUCGCACGGCAUAAUGAGACACCGAGGGUUCAAACAUUGGACGCUUCAGGUCUGUGCUACGCGAAGUCCAGUUUUAGUCAUCGGACAGGUCAUGUCCGAGUCAUAACAGGUGCUGUCCAGCUUCCAGAAAAGCUUCCAGCCACAGCUGUCAGAACCUAUAUCCUUUUGUGGCUCAUAGGGGGGCUGUUCUGUGUUACUGACCAGCGUAUAAUUCAGCCUAAGAUGUGGGUUGCACGACCCUAUAAGGACCCUACAAGUGAAAACCCAGCGAGGAGCCGCAACAGGGAACUUCAAAUCAACGGAGCCGGGAAGGGCGUUGCGGUGGCACCAGUCCGGGUGGUGACAAAACCAUACAAGAUCCUGGGCGGCGCUAAUACUAAGUACACUGGGAGAUGCGGGGAAGUAAAGGAGAACCCCUGCUCCGUCUGCUAUCCACUUCAUCUCCAGCUUUCACCAUCCAUCUCUGCCAUGGGCCCAGGCCGCCAUGCCUCUGUCGUUGGCUGCGAUGGGAAAGCUUCACCUAAGCCUGGUUACCGCUUGGGCCUAGUAGGUGGUCUCCUCUGCUCUGCUCGGGUCCUUGCGCCUCCUCCGACAUCACCAUCAACAAGCUUCUUCCAUGUGGCUGACCCUUGGCGCAUCUUAGUGGUGCCCAUUAUGCUGAAGUGGGAUUUGAGUGGUAUUGAGGUGGAGCCGUCAGGUAGAGACCAAGCAGUGGCUUUCAGUCGCCCGGUUUCAAGCCGUGCGUGGACCGGGAUCUUGAUCCCUUCCAUGCCUCGAGCUAGGUUCGUCGGAUCAUCACUUGACCUCGUUCUCCAAUCAUCGAUUCGCUACCUCCGCCACGAGACGCGCCGAUGGGCUGGCUGGGGUUGA